AUCCCACAUGAUGAUUUCUUCUUUGAUUGAGAGCCAAAACAGAAGCAGAAAGAUCGCUAAACUACAUUUGAAUGCUGCUGCUUUGCAUCUUUCUGGUGGAGUCACCUAUGCUAAAGAAAAGCUUUGACAGGUCUUUCACAGUACAUGAGUGUCUCACAUCAUCAGUAGACGUUGAGGUUCCCCCUUAUCUGCUGUAAAGGUGAGUUCUGCUGUAGAAACUGAUAUACAGUGUAAUGAAUGGUUUAACCUGCUGAUAGUAUUUCACUUAUGUGUGGCUCACUUCACUAGGAAUGAUUGUUCAGGUGUUAGUUAUUUAAAAAAAAAAAAAAGUUAAUUUAGCUUUUUAGUUAUUUGUUCCAUACAUGAUUUAGGCGUGUGAAAUUCUUGUAGGAUGACAUUGAGCAAAUGCAUUAGGUAAAAUAUUAAUUUGAUAAAGUAACAUUACUUUGACUAAAGAUCAGUAACAUUUACACAGUACCUGUUCUAACCAAACCUCACCCAAAUAUCAUUUUAUUAUUUUAUAUAUUAGUAUGUGUGCACAGAUCUUCAUGCAAUGUCAUUUUUCUUGUUUAAAUUUAUAGUUGAUGUAUAUUUAAAAAUACAGAUGUUAGAGGAAUUGAUUUGCUUUAAAAAAAUUAUGAUAUUUAUUUAUUAUAUUUAUAUUGAAAGGUCAUUUUUAUUCAUUAUAUAAACUUCUCCUUACAUUUCCUAACACUAUAUUGUGUCCUACAUUGUCAUUGCUCAGAAAGAUAUAUAGACUCAUUAUCAGUGAAAUGUUGUGGCUGCACAACGGACUCCAGUCUUCCCCUCUGUGAUUCUUUUCCUUUCUCUGGCUGUGCAUACCUUCUCAUUACAGUGUCAAGGCAUCCUAAGGAAGAUGUUCAUUCUCAUCCCUCUGCUGCUUUUUCUUUCUCCUGUGUGUGGAGAUCUGUUAAAUUUUAAAUUUUACACUGAUUCUUACAUGACAAGUUGGACAAAGGCACAGACCUUCUGCAGAAAGUACCACACUGACCUGAUCACAAUCAGAAAUGAACAAGAGAACACAUUCUUUAAUGGCCGAGGGUGGAUCGGGUUAUAUCGAGCUAAUACAAAUACAUGGAAAUGGUCCAGAGGAGACGAGAUAACUAGCUUCACCAAGUGGGAUAGUUCUCAGCCAAGUCAAAAUGGAGACUGUGUAUAUAAGCAUAAUGGUGUAUGGUGGACUGACGGUUGCCAUUACAAUCAUUCUUUCAUGUGUUAUGAUGAGAAACUGGUUUUGGUGAAGGAGAAUAAGACGUGGGAGGAGGCAUUAAACCACUGCAGGUCUCUGGGUGCAGUGGACACAAAUGAUCCCAACUCUCCCUACAGGAACCAUCGCUACGACCUGGCCACACUGAUCACUACUGAUGACCACACCUAUGCACGGGAGAGAGCACAACAAGCUACCACUGAUGAGGUGUGGACGGGCCUGUGUAACCUGGCUGGUGAGUGGCUGUGGGUGGGUGGAGGACAGAUGCAAUAUGAAAAUAUUCCAAGCUGCCCAACUAAUGGCUUCUGUGGCGUCCUCGAGAAGAGUGGUACUGCAUCCUAUGGCAUAAGAAACUGUCAGCAGAGAAGGAACUUCUUCUGUUACAUAAACCCUUGAAUCUGACCACAUUUACUCAAGAACUACUUUAGUUUAAUUUUGAUUUCCUUAUUAAUGACUCUUAGUUUUGACUGCUCAAAAGUUUGUACCCCAACCGCAUUAACAUUUUCCCUGAAAACUCAUACUUUCAUUGUUCAUAUGUGUUAAUAGAAAACAAUCAUGGCACUGCCAAAGUUAGAAACAAGUAUCUUUACAUACAAUUACAAUUUUGUGUGUUAAACAUUACUUUGUCAGAGAAUCAUUGGCAUUGGCAUGCAAUUCCUUCUUGCUUCCUGGAGUGCCCGCUACAAAUUCUACAUUUCAGCAGCAGUGGAGGAGUUAUCAGGUGGUGUAGGUUUAAUUCCUUUUCUUAAUUUGUCAAAUAAUUUGCACAAAAAAUGACCAAAAACACUUGAUGUAAAUUCUUUCAUUGUUUUUUCUUCUGCUUGUGGCAGUUUUUAUCAUGAAUAUCCACUGCUCUGCUGUCACACAACAUGCUGCAUGACAGGUGUAGCCAGUGAUUUACAAUGGCCAAUUAAUAAAGUACGUAGUUCAAAUCACUGGGCAAAACAGCAUCUGUAUCUGUAUGCAGUAUCUCUGUGUUCCAUGCGAGUCGAUGUCCAUGUCCAUGGUCGGUUUCAUGUUUCAUGUCUUAGGUUCCCAAGUCAUCACAUGUGUUCAGGUUUUAGUUGUUCUUCCCAGUUUAGGAUUUGUUCGGUUUGGGUGUUUCCAAAUUCAGGGGUAGCAUGCUUCAAAGUCCGCAUCUGUAAGCAAUGACAUCACAGUGAUGUGACGAAGGCUGUCCAAAUUUGAAGAGUCCUCCAAAUGCGACGACAAAUGCGUCUUCCUUUUCCCCAGAUUUGAAGGAUGGGUCGGGUACAUCCUUCGUAGUCCACCAUAUCCUAGGAGUCAUUGCGGGUCAUACGGGAGAAUCUUUUGCAUAAAUUUAGAAGAAGAAGAUGAAUUUUGCGCAUAACAAUGGCGGACGAAGCGGGAGUGAAAGCAGGAGAGGAAUACACUUAGCAGUUGUAGGAGACCCUAUUGGCCCAUUUCUAUGGUGCUGAUUACCACUAAUAAGGUAUAUGUAAUGGACUGGUAACGUACAAUAUCUCUUUCUUAUUGUUAAAUCAUUGACCACUGGGGCUCGGUCACUCUGGCACAGCUGGCUGCCGGCGGAGCUCCCGGGCACAUCACUGCAAUGUGCCCGGGAGGGCUGUGGCCCCCCCACACCCUCUAGCAGAUCAUUACAUGAAGGAACCUUUUAAAAACAAACCUUUUAAAUACAAGCGCAUC